AAACCAUCUAAACGCGAUUAAGAAAACCUAAUGAUAAAAUCCUAAUGGGCUGUGAUCAGCAGGCCCAUUAGGCCCGUUUCCAGAGGCUGCCCCCAGCCCCACAGUGCCUAUAAAUAUAAGGUCGUGGUUAGCACCUUAAUCACCCAUUCACGUCAUUCUAAAACCCUAGCCACCGCUAGUCUGAUCGCUAAAGGCACUGAAGGGGUUUGGAAGGCCAAGCACUCCCGUUUGGCGCCCGAAGGACGCCGAUUCGCUGCUGCAUCUUCUACACCGACAAAAAUGCCUACUUUCUCUACGGAUCAGGCGUAAAUGGCUGCUGCAACUGCUAACGCUGUGAACACUGUGACGGGCUACCUGAAGUCCAUUGAGCCCCUAAAUGGCACCAACUACCCCAGCUGGUAUAAAGAUGUUCAGGUGGCCAUUGCUGUGUGCGAGUAUGAUCUCGCCUUACGUCAAGACAAGCCAGCAGAGCCCGCUGAUCCCAAUGGUGAUCGUACUGCCAUUGAGAAGUGGGAGAGAUCAGAUAGGAUGGCCAACAUGAUCAUUAAGAACAUGAUCACUCCGGCCAUCUGUGGUGCUAUUCCUGAUAAGGACCAGGAUGGUAAUGAUCUGAGCGCCAAAGCAUACCUUGCCAAGGUGGAGGAGAACUUUAAGAAUUCUUCCAAGACUUAUGCUAGCACCCUGAUCAUGAAGAUGCUGACUUCACAGUAUGAUGGGCAAAGUGGAAUCAGGGAGCACAUUAUGAACAUGUGUGACAUGGCAAAUAAGCUGAAGACACUGGAUAUGGCUAUCUCUGAUGGUUUUCUGGUGCACUUCAUCAUGACUUCUCUGCCAGUACAGUACAGUGCCUUCAAAAUAAGCUACAACACUCAGAAGGCGACUUGGAGCAUGGCUGAGCUCAUUAGCUACUGUGUUGAGGAAGAAGAAAGCAGCAGGCAGCAUAAGAGAAAGUUUAAGGGCCAUAAGAGCAAGGCCGUGUCACAUAAGAAGACCUCUAAUGAGAGGCUGUGCAAGUUCUGCAAGUCACCUAAACAUGAGCAGAAGGAUUGCCAUGGAUUUAAGGAGUGGCUUAAGAACUAA